AUGAGGUUAUACCCCUUCCUUACGACCUUGCCCUUGUUGGCAUCACAGGCGGUGCAAGCCCUCCAACCUCUAGCUGUGCUUGAUGAUGAGACUCAGGUGGUGACAAGAGAUACAAGUUCUUACGAGUUGGAGGCGAUGAGUGAGCCAUUUCACCAGUUGUACGAAUACACCAUGGAUUUUCUCAAGCUGAUUGAUAAUGACAGUCCCCUUCAAAAGCGUGACGCUUUGGAGGAUACCUUGACAGGAGUUCUCACUGAGGUGAAGAACUCACAAGUUAUCGAGAAAGUUUUGUACGAAAUAGCUGGGUCAAAGCAACAGAUAGACAACUUGUCGAGAUACAUCUACCUGCUUUUGUCCAACAUGGCAUCAGGUAAUGCGGGUGGGAUGAACAUAAGCUUGAAGUUGAAUACAACCGAGAUUUUGAACGAGGUGAUGGCAUCCGGUCUCAUUCAAAGUAUUGGUGACGAUUUGGUUGUCAAUGAUGCAAACAGAGAAAAUUUGACAACAAAUGUCGGCGAUCUUCUUACUCAGCGCCCGUAUAUCGGAAAAAUUCUUAACAAUCUUGGUGCUGGUCAGGACUUGACUUUCGAAAUGAUCUUUAACACUGUAAGGAACUUCAAAAGCAAGGCACCAGAACUACAGGAUAACCAAACAACCUAUCAAAAGCGUGCAGAUGACUACCUGGGAUCUUUGAAUGCGUUUGUGAACAACAUUAUCGGUUCUGCAGUGAAUGGAGGAUUUGUCACCGAUUCUCUUGGAUCCAUUCUUCGUGCUGUGAAGAGAAGCGGAAUUGUUACCCCCAUCGUUCUUACUGCAGUUGAAAGACCAAUAAUGAACAUGGUUGGUAGACUCUUGAGUAACCUAUACGACUACGGAGUGCUCGACAUGAUUCCCAUCAACGAUUUUUUCCAAAAAGGCAAAAAAACACAUGUUCUUGCUCACGGAUUAGAAGAUCUCUUGACUAGUGAGAGGUACUCACCAGGAGUGGCAAAGUUGUUCAAACAGCUAGAAGACCAAGGAACACUUGAAAAUGUCAGGCGCAGUUUGUAUGGGCCGUGA